AUGUCUUCGUCUAGGCCGAUCCGGUCAUCUUCGAGCAAUUCAUCAAGCAGAUCGAAACGUAAUGAUAGGAUCAUAGCUCAGACCAAAAUAGAUGCCAAGCUCCAUUCCGAGUUUGAGGAAUCUGGAGGUACUUCUUUUGAUUACUCUAAAUCAGUUAGUGCUCUAACCUCACCUGAUCAAAACCAACAACCAGGUAGGCCUGAUAAACUUACUACUGCAUACCUCCAGCAAAUCCUGAAAUUAAAAGUAAUUCAACCCUUCGGUUGUUUAUUAGCCAUAGAUGAAAAAUCAUUUCAAGUCAUUGCUUACAGUGAAAAUGCACCUGAAAUGUUAACCAUGGUUAGUCAUGCUGUCCCAAGCGAUGUCGGCCAUAAUCCUGCUCUUGGCAUUGGUACUGAUCUUAGAACCAUUUUCACUACAUCAAGUGCUUCUGCUCUUCAAAAGGCUUUAGGGUUUGGGGAGGUUUCGUUAUUGAAUCCAAUCUUAAUUCACUGUAAGACUUCUGGAAAUCCCUUCUAUGCGAUUCUGCACAGAGUCACUGGGAGCUUGAUUAUCGAUUUCGAGCCGGUAAUGCCUUAUGAAGUUCCCAUGACUGCUUCUGGUGCACUACAGUCGUACAAGCUUGCCGCCAAAGCGAUUGCAAGGUUGCAGUCUCUCCCCAGUGGGAGUAUGGAAAGGUUGUGUGAUACGAUGGUUCGGGAAGUGGUUGAACUCACUGGUUAUGAUAGAGUGAUGAUUUAUAAGUUUCAUGAGGAUGAUCAUGGUGAGUUUGUUGCUGAGGUUACGAAACCUGGUCUCGAAUCUUAUUUGGGUUUGCAUUACCCAGCCACAGAUAUCCCUCAAGCUGUUCGAUUUUUGUUCAUGAAAAACAGAACUCGUAUGAUAUGUGAUAUUUGGGCCAAGCAUGUUAAAGUCAUCCAGGAUGAUAAAUUACCAUUCGAUCUCACCUUGUGUGGUUCGACACUUCGAGCUCCACAUAGUUGCCACUUGCAGUACAUGAAAAACAUGGAUUCAGGUGCAUCUCUAGUUAUGUCGGUUGUAAUCAAUGAUUGUGACGAGGAAAAACAAAGUGGUUCUGGGGUUGCACAACCACAGAAGCGGAAAAGGCUUUGGGGACUAGUCGUGUGUCAUCACACGACUCCAAGAUUUGUUCCUUUUCCUUUAAGGUAUGCCUGUGAGUUUUUAACUCAAGUAUUUUCCAUCCAUGUUAGCAAGGAAUUUGAAUUGGAACAUCAGAUGGUCGAAAAGAACAUUUUACGUACACAGACACUCUUGUGUGAUAUGUUGCUGAGAGAUGCACCUUUGGGCAUUAUAACGCAGAAUCCUAAUAUUAUGGACCUUGUAAAAUGUGAUGGCGCUGCACUAUUUUACAAAAAUAAAAUCUGGCGUCUUGGAAUGACACCAAGUGAUUUCCAGAUACACGAUAUUGCCUCUUGGCUAACCGAGUAUCACACGGACUCCACAGGUUUGAGUACUGAUAGUUUGUACGAUGCGGGAUAUCCCGGGGCUCUCUCACUUGGUGACGCAGUUUGCGGGAUGGCUGCUGUGAAGAUAGCAUCAAAAGAUAUGCUUUUCUGGUUUCGAUCUCACACUGCUGCAGAGAUUCGAUGGGGUGGGGCAAAGCACAUUCCAGGCGAGAAGGAUGACGAGAGAGUAAUGCACCCUAGAUCUUCAUUUAAGGCAUUCCUUGAAGUGGUUAAGACAAGAAGUGCACCUUGGAAAGAUUUUGAGAUGGAUGCAAUCCAUUCUUUGCAGCUUAUCCUCAGGAAUGCUUUCAGUGAGAUGGAUGCCAAGGGUGAACAUCCCAGUGUGUUAAUCCAUUCGAAGCUCAAUGAUCUUAAACUUGAAGGGGUGGAGGAAUUGGAGGUGGUGACAAAUGAGCUGGUCCGUUUGAUGGAGACAGCCACGGUGCCGAUAUUGGCUGUUGAUGUUGAUGGACUCAUUAACGGGUGGAAUACAAAAAUUGCAGAUUUGACUGGUUUACCUGUUGAUCAAGUCAUUGGGAAGCAUUUGCUCACACUGGUGGAAGAUUCUUCGGUUAUUGCGGUCAAGAAGAUGUUGCACUUGGCUCUACAGGGUAAAGAAGAGCAAAAUGUUCAUUUUGAGAUGAAAACUCACGGUUCUCGCAAAGAUAAUGGGCCUGUCAGCCUAGUUGUGAACGCUUGUGCAAGCAAAGAUAUUUGGGAGAAUGUUGUUGAGGUUUGUUUUGUGGCACAAGAUAUGACCACUCAAAAGAAGGCCAUGGACAAGUUCACUCGGAUCGAAGGAGAUUAUAAAACAAUUGUGCAGAACCCAAGUGCACUUAUACCUCCUAUAUUUGGCACAGAUGAAUCUGGCUGGUGCUCUGAGUGGAAUCCAGCAAUGACCAAGUUGACUGGGUGGAGCCGGGAUGAAGUGAUUGGUAAGAUGCUACUAGGUGAGGUUUUCGGUAAUCAUAUCGGAUGCUGUCCUCUCAAGAACCAGGAGGCAUUCGUGAACUUCGGGGUCAUACUCAAUAAUGCAAUGAUGGGUGAGGAAGCCGAGAGAGUUCAGUUUGGGUUUUUAGCGCGAAAUGGGAAGCAUGUGGAUUGCUUGCUGUCCGUUACCAAGAAAAUGGACGCAGAGGGUACUGUAACUGGACUCUUUUGCUUCUUGCAGACUGCUAGUCAAGAGCUGCAACAAGCACUUCAUGUUCAACGUAUAUCCGAACAAACUGCAAUUAAAAGAGUGAAGGAGUUGACUUAUAUAAAGAAACAGAUAAAAAAUCCUCUCUCUGGGAUUAUCUUUUCCAGGAAAAUGAUGGAGGAAACUGAAUUGGAUGAUGAACAGAAGCAACUUUUGCACACCAGUAUGCAUUGUCAACGCCAACUGAAUAAAGUUCUUGACGAAACUGAUUUUGAGAGCAUCAUGGAUGGUUAUUUGGAUUUGGAAAAGGUUGACUUCACUCUGCAAGAAGUGUUGCUUACUUCGGUAAGUCAAGUUAUGAUUAAGAGCAGCGAAAAGGGUAUCCGCCUUACUCUUAGUACAUCGGAGGAGAUCAUGGCUGAAAGACUCUAUGGAGACAAUGUGAGGCUUCAACAGGUCCUGGCUGAUUUCCUAUUGGUUUCUGUGAACUACACUCCAAAUGGCGGUCAGCUUGAGAUUGCUGUCAGUAUGACCAAAGAUAGACUGGUAGAAAGGGUUCAUCUUGCUCAUCUAGAGCUCAGAAUAACACGUUUGGGAGAUGGGGUACCUGAAGAGCUGCUGAGUGAGAUGUUUGCAAACUACACUACUGGUCAUGAGACAGAAACUCAACCAGUGGUUUCAGAAGAGGGGAUGAGCCUGGUGGUGAGCCGGAAGUUGUUGGGGCUCAUGGACGGUGAUGUGCGGUUUCUGAGAGAAGCGGGGAAGUCAUCUUUCAUUAUAUCACUUGAGCUUGCAGCUUCGAAUCCCAACCAGCAGACCCAGGCAUCUUCCUCGAGUGCUAAUCAGUCUGUUUCACCCAUCUAUGUACCAUCUUUUGUACUUCGUAAGCAUAAAUGGGCUCCAAGGCUCAAUUUUCUUAAGAUUUUAAGCUUGAAAGCCAUUUUGGCUGCUUAUGCAACUGCUCAUCAUGCUUUUAGGGGUGAGCAUGGGCCGUCAGCCUUUGUCGCUAAUCGUCAAAUACAUGAUAAUGUUGUCAUCACUCAUGAAAUUUUGCACUCUUUUAGAAGGAAAAAGAAAAACUCUAAGAAUGGUCACCUAGCUAUAAAGCUUGACAUAUCUAAAGCCUUCAAUAGAUUGGAGUGGUCUUUUAUUCUUGCUGUUUUUAAAAAACUUGGUUUCUUUGAAGAAUGGUGUCAAAUGAUUUCACAGUAUAUUAGUACUGUUUCGUAUUCGGUCCUUGUGAAUGGUUCUCCUGGUGAAACCUUUUACCCUUCUCGUGGUAUCAGUUUAUCAUAUGACAUGUUUCCCACUUCCGAAAUUGACUCUAUUCAGAGAAUAUUCUGGUGGUCUAAGAAGAACCCUAAAAAUGCUGCAUAUUUUCGAUCCUGGGGUGAUAUAGGUAAGUCUAAACUAAAUGGUGGAUUAGGUAUUAGGAACACUUAUGCUACUAACACAUUUUUUGUCUGUAAGCUUGGUUGGAGGAUUAUGAAUAAUCCUAAUUCCUUACUUUCACGUUUUCUGAAAGACAAGUACUUUCCUAAUCAGAACUUGUUAGAAAUCGACAAAGCACCUAAUUCCUUCUCUUGGAUCUGGAAAGGUUUUGUUAAUGGGGUUCAAUUUAUUAAAUCUAAUUUGGUGGUGAAAAUAAAUGAUGGGGAUUCUUCUCGCAUUUGGAAUACUAACUGGAUUCCUGGGAAUUUGAAUCCCCUGGUGCCCAGUCAUCCUUCUCAUAGUAGUUAUGUUUUUGUUAAUGAUCUUAUUGAUAUUCAUAAUGGUUGUUGGAAUGACAGUCUGCUAUCGAUAUUAUUCUCAACUGAUGAAGUGAAUAGGAUUAAGACAAUUAUAUUUAAUCUUAAUCAGAGUGAUUCCUUGAUGUGGGCACAUACUAGCAAUGGUAAGUUUACUAUUAAAUCUGCCUAUAGAGUUUAUAUGAAUGAUUUUUCGCCACCUGCUGAUUCUGCAUUCUGGAGGAAAGUUUGGGCCAUUGACUGUUUUCCUAAAAUUAAAUUCUUUUUGUGGAAAAUAUUUGCGUAUAUACUUCCAGUCAAUACCAUGAUUCAGUUUUAUAACCCUGAAGUUGAUGUCAUCUGUCCUCUUUGUCAGAGGCAUGAAGAAACAGUUAUGUACCUAUUUAUUAAUUGCUCAAUUGCGGAACACAUUUGGUUUGGUCUUUCUUUAAAGCACUUGAUAACCCUGGAUUUAGAUUGGAUUGAUGACUUUUUUCUGUUCUGGCAUGAUCCAGCUAUUGGUGUUUCUCCUUAUAAUGUUUCUUGGCCUAGUAUUGGUGCCAUUGUUAUUUGGUGUAUUUGGAAGUUAAGGUGUGAUGUAAUGUUCAGGAAUGCCUCUGUUGAUCUAAAUAGGGCCAUAAUGGAUACGAAGAGAAUGAUUAACACUUAUAUUUCUCCUCAAUCUCCCCCAAAUGUUUCCCUUAGUGAUAACAAAAUCCCUAUUUCAGAGGUGGACCAUUUUAUGUUUAUUGAUGGAUCCUUUAAAGAUUUUAAUAUGGGUUUGAGUAUUAUUUGGUGUGACAUUGUUGGAAAUGUAAGAAGCUCUCGUUCAGACUAUGGGAUGAUGACAAAUGCAGUAGGUGCUGAAUCUGCUGCUCUAAUUUUGGCCAUCUCUUGGGCAGAAGAGAUGAAUCUUUCCAGAGUCGUGUUUGUUAGUGACUGUCUUAAGCUUGUGCAGUUCAGUAAUGGAGUCAGUUCUAAUAUUGCUUGGAGAAGUAGUGAUCUUGUCGAGCAAUGUCGAAGUUUAAUUUCUAGUUUAGUGUGUAUUGGUGGUGGUGCUGAAGGUGUAUUGAUGAUGCUGGUUAUAAAUGGUUAUGGCGGCGGUGCUGGUGGCGCUAGUUAUUGUGACGGCACUGGUAGUGAUGGCGGCCGUGGUGAUGACGGAGCUGCUAUUAUUUGUGGAGGUCGCUGA